UUCCAGCAGCAGCAGCAUGAACUUCUUUGGGCGCAAGGCAGCGGCGCCGGUCAAGACGGGUCCCGCGGAGACGGCCGAGACGAUCCGCAAGCUGCGCGAGCAGCUCGACACGCUCGAGAAGCGUGAGUCCCACAUCGAGAAGAAGAUCGAGGCGCAGCUUGAGGAGGCGAAGAAGAAGUCGGCGGCCAAGGACAAGCGCGGUGCUAUCUUCUGCCUCAAGCGCAAGAAGAUGUACGAAUCCGAAAUCGAAAAGCUCCAAGGAGCACGGAUGACCCUCGAGACGCAGGUCAUCACGCUCGAGUCGACGCAGGUCAACAUGCAGACCUUCACGGCGCUGCGCACGGGCGCGAACCAGAUGAAGGCCAUCCAUGGCCAAAUGAACGUCGACUCGGUCGAUGACAUCAUGGACGAUAUCCAAGAAGAGAUGGCAACGGCCGAUGAAAUUGGCCGUGCGAUCUCGCAGCCGCUUGGCAACGCCCUCUACGAUGACGACGAGCUCGCCGCUGAGCUUGAGAGCAUGAUGGACGAAGAGCUCGAAAAGCAGCUCGACUCGAGCCGCCCGACGCAUGCCCAAGUCGCGCAGCCCGUGCGCCCGACACCGGUUGCGGCACCUGCGGUUCCCGCGCCUUCUAUGUUUGCAUUCCCCGACGCCCCGACGCACCCCGUUACGAACAUCAAGGUGAGCGGCAAGGCCGACGCCGACGAGCUUGAGGAGCUUCGGCGUCUUGAGGCUUCCAUGGCCAUGUAAUAUCGACCAUGCAAGUUAGUUUAUAUCGA